UGCCAGAUUGCCAUGGACAAGCUGAUCCAGGAUGGCUUGUUGGUCGCAGAAGAGGUGGCCAGCGAUCGCUUGGUGUGUGACACGACACAGAAGAACUUCACCAGGAAGCUUCUUUGGAAGGCCAUGGAUGACUUUGAAGACAGUGACAGUGACUAUGAUGAAGAGGCUGGGAAGCAGUGCUUCAAAAUAAGCCACCAGGAAAACUGCAUGGAUGCCUUUAUGUUUCUCUGCUGCCUUCUGGGCCCCUUGCUGAAGACCUUGAGGAGAACUCUGGUCUUCCUUGGGGAGUCAGAGUGCCCCCAGCCAGAGUCGCAGUACAUGGAGAAGCUGCACCAGUUCUUGGUGAGGAAGGCGAACGAAGACUGUUCUUUUGAAUGUGCCAACAAGACUCUGGCUGCUGUCUCCAUCUCCAUCUAUAAAGAACUGGGGGUACUGCAAGAACUGCCAGGGAAAAUGGAACCCGUUUUCCAACUUUCUGAGACCUUCAUCUCCAAAGAGAAUCGGGAGAAACUGGGAAAAUUCAUUGAACAGUUUAUCUGGCAAUCAGCAUACUAG